AUGAUACUCCUUAUUGAUUCAUAUGAUUCGUUCACAAAUAACCUUUCGCAGUUGAUUAUUGAUAACACCGGUAAGGAAGUAAUAACAAUUCACAAUGACACAUUCAAACCAAAUGAAUAUGAAUUCUUCAUGGAAGUAUAUAUACCGAUGUUUGAUUAUAUCGUUAUAGGGCCAGGUCCAGGACAUCCAUCAAAUAUUGAAGAUGUUGGUAUUGUAAGGUGGAUAUUACAUUAUUUCGGCGAAAGAGAACCAGAAAAGGCUAUUCCGGUAUUGGGAAUCUGUUUGGGGUUUCAAUGCUUAUGCUUCGAAUUUGGUAAUGAGGUUAAAAAACUUGAAAAAGUUAGGCAUGGUCAAAUAUAUGAUGUUCAUCCUAUAGCCCAUAGCAGCGGUAAUGACUUAUAUCCAAGUGCAGAUGGGAACAAUGAUCCAAAGGCCGCAUUUCCUAGUGUAAGGUAUCAUUCAUUAUACGUUGAUAUUGAUUCUCUUAGCGAUGAUAUAAUACCGUUAGCCUAUUGUUAUGAACAAAAUGAGGAAGAUAACGGUCACUCCAUGGUAUUAAUGGCUGCCAAGCACAAAAGUUUGCCUUUUUAUGGUGUCCAAUAUCAUCCAGAAUCCAUUUGUUCUUCAAAAGGUAAUGAGUUGAUUAUCGACUUUGACCGAAUUGCAACAAAUUAUAAUGCAGUUCUGAGGCCAAAUGUUUCGAUUACUAGAGAGGGUGAUAAACAAAAGGGUCUUCUUAAUGAAUUAAUAAAUAAGCGUGCAUUACAUGAGACACUGUUAUUAAAAGGUGAUAAACUAUUAUAUACUGGAAAUGAAAUUCCAAGUAUUCACUUCAAGAAAAUCGCCAUUCCAUCGCAAGAUAUGGUCACCCCUGUUGAUAUUUGCGAAUAUUUGCAUGAGAAAGAGUCUAAUUUUUUCCUUUUAAACUCCGCUUCAGUCCCUGGUGAGUGGUCAAUAAUUGGGAUCCCCAUAGAAGGACAGUCAGAAAUUAUAACGCAUUCUGUUGAUGCAAUUCAAGAAGUAACUAUACAAAAAUAUAAAUCUUCGUUUAAUGAGACCUUGCACUUGGAAACGUCAGAAAAGGUGUGGAAUCUAAUUGGUGAUAGAAUGAAAACCUCAUAUAUACCUAGAACUGUUAUUAAUGAGUCUCUCAAGGAUAUACCCUCUAGAGAAGCUCCGUUCUUUGGAGGAUUUAUUGGCCUUAUAUCUUAUGAAGAAGGACAGCAUAUAGGAAUCGAAAAGCUAGAACUGCUUUGUAAUUCACCAACUCCAGAUGUCAAGUUAAUCUUUAUUGAAAGAUUCAUGUUAUAUGAUCAUAUUAAUAAUGAGUGGUUUAUUGGGUCAAUCAACCUGAAAGCCGAUGAUAGUAAUUGGUGUGACCAAUUAUCUGAAGAACUCGAGAAUGUGCACAAGGUGGGAAAAUUACGAUUAGAUAUCAAUAAAGUAUCGGAAAGUGUCAAAAACUUAUGCAAAGACUUGGACAAAACUGAAAUUGACUUUGAUUUUCCAUCUCACGAAAUAUACAAAAAGCAAUUUGAAUUAUGUCAAGAAUAUCUUCACUCAGGAAAUUCGUAUGAGUUGUGCCUUACUACACAACUGAAAAUAACAUUGCCGUCCUAUAUUAAGCCAUGGGAUAUCUAUAAGGUGUUGACUUUACGUAAAAACCCGUCUCCUUUCUCGUGUUUCAUGCAAUUCGAAGAUAUUGUCCUUGUUUCGUCUUCUCCAGAGAGAUUUUUGUCAUGGAAAGACGAUGAACAAAAGAAUAAGAUGAUUGAACUAAGACCCAUUAAGGGAACCGUCAAGAGAACCCCUGAGGUGGAUUUGAAAAUGGCCAGCGAAAUCUUGAAGACCCCAAAAGAGAUGGGCGAAAACCUAAUGAUUGUGGAUUUGAUCAGACAUGAUUUGCAUCAAUUCAUUGACAACGUAACUGUCUCCCAGUUAAUGGCAGUCGAAGAAUACAAGACUGUUUACCAAUUGGUAAGUGUUAUUCAAGGUGUGUUGAAACAAAAUGAAUACCAUGGUAUAGAUAUUUUGCACCAUUCAUUACCACCCGGCUCCAUGACUGGCGCACCAAAAAAGAGAUCCGUCGAAUUAUUGCAAGCCAUCGAAACUUUACAACCGAACAGUAAUUCCGGUGGUAGAAGAGGUAUUUACAGUGGAGUGUCUGGUUAUUGGUCUGUAACUGAUGAUUCCGAUUGGUCUGUGGUUAUUCGCUCUGUCUAUCAUUAUGUAGAUGACAAAGAGAACCAAAAAGACAAAACUAUCUGGAGAAUUGGAGCCGGUGGAGCGAUCACUGUUUUGAGCGAUCCAGAAGGAGAAUGGGAAGAGAUGAAGUUGAAGCUAUCCAGUGCUUUGCAAGCCUUCAAAUAA